ACGAGUGCACCAGCUUCUAGUGGUAGCCUCAAGAAACAACGAUGGGGAGGAGUGGGGUUGGCAGAGCGCCGCUUGCGCUGCUGCUCUGCUUCAGCUGUGUUGUUGCGAGUGCUUUUGGGAGGGAAGUGGGGGGCGAGAAGGGCAGGGAGAAGGUCUUGUGGCCGACCAAAGGUGGCGGCUUCUUCCCCGGUUUCGGGAGGGGUUUUGGCCUCGGCGGCGGAUAUGGUGGGGGUGGACUCGGUGGUGGGAGUGGGCUUGGCGGCGGAGGGGGCUUGGGCGGUGGCGGACUUGGUGGUGGUAAUGGCCUUGGAGGUGGCAGCGGUCUUGGUGGUGGUGGUGGCCUUGGAGGUGGCAGCGGUCUUGGUGGUGGUGGUGGCCUUGGUGGCGGCGGCGGUCUUGGUGGUGGUGGUGGCCUUGGAGGUGGCGGAGGUCUCGGUGGUGACCAUGGUGGUGGUCUUGGGGGUGGUGGCGGUCUCGGUGGUGGCCAUGGUGGUGGCCUUGGGGGUGGUGGCGGUCUCGGUGGUGGCCAUGGUGGCGGUCUCGGUGGUGGCCAUGGUGGUGGGCUUGGAGGUGGCGGUGGUCUUGGUGGUGGUGGUGGCCAUGGUGGUGGACUUGGAGGUGGCGGCGGUCUUGGUGGUGGUGGUGGCCAUGGUGGUGGACUUGGAGGUGGCGGCGGUCUUGGUGGUGGUGGUGGUGGACUUGGAGGCGUUGGCGGUCUUGGUGGUGGUCAUGGUGGUGGACUUGGAGGUGGCGGUGGUGGACUCGGCGGUCACCUUGGAAAAGGUGGUGGUUUCGGUAGCGGUUUCGGAAAGGGUGGCGGUUUUGGUGGAGGAAUUGGGAAAGGUGGCGGGUUUGGUGGUGGUGCCGGUGGCGGUUUUGGAAAGGGUGGCGGGCUUGGUGGUGGAGUUGGUAAAGGUGGCGGGUUUGGUGGUGGAGUUGGUAAGGGUGGCGGGUUUGGUGGUGGGGCAGGUGGUGGUUUCGGCAUGGGUGGUGGUGCUGGGGGUGGGUAUGGGAAAGGUGGGGGACUCGGGGGAGGACUAGGAGGAGGAGGGGGUGGUGGAUUUGGUGGUGGCGGAGGGUUUGGAGGAGGAGGUGGCGGCGGGUUUGGCAGUGGUGGUCACUGAGUGAAGCAUUAGCACGUUGCAUGGUCACCUUACAUAUGUAGUCUUACAGUCACGUACUGAGUUACGUUGCUGUUGGUUGUGAAGCUUCUGUCCAUCGUAUGUUUCUGAGACAAUUUGCCAUGUUUGCUGCUUGUCUUGGAUCGGAGCUGACGUACUGUUUGUUAUUAUUAUCAUAAAUCAAAUAAAUAGUUUCACGUAUAUUAAUUGUAGGAUGGCCUUAUCUGGGAGGAUCAUAUGCCGACAAUGCCUAUUAUUUUAUCCUACGGUUAUUUAAUUAUACUUUUGAUCUAA